AUGCGCAUGAGCAGAUGCUUCAGCACCUGCAGCCGCACCCUGAGCCAUGAAAAUCCUCUAAACCUCCCGCGGCGCGGCCCUCCCAAGGACGGCACGCCACCUACAGUCCCCCGCGCUCAACGUGGUCUCCCGCAGAAACGGCCGAUCCCCCAUGUGAAGAAGGUCGUUGCAGUGUCUUCGGCCAAAGGCGGCGUGGGCAAAUCCACCCUUGCCGUGAACCUCGCACUGGCCCUCUCUCGACACAGGCUUCGCACUGGCAUCCUCGAUACGGACAUUUUUGGGCCUUCUAUUCCGACGCUCUUAGGCCUUGAGAAGGCCGGCCUCCCAGAUGUUACCCAAGACGGCAAACUUGUACCCCUCCGCAGCUUUGGCGUCGGAAGCAUGAGCAUGGGCUAUCUACUAGGGAAGGGCAAGCAGGCGAGCGGAGAUAAAGAGGGGAGCGGCGCUGGGUCUGAUGAGGGCCCCGUCGCAUGGCGCGGGCUGAUGGUUAUGAAGGCGCUGCAGCAGUUGCUGCAUGAAGUGCAGUGGGGCGGGUCGGCGCAGAGUCCGGAACUGGAUGUGCUGGUGCUGGACAUGCCUCCUGGCACUGGAGACGUGCAGCUCACGAUCGGGCAGCAGGUGACGGUGGAUGGGGCCGUCGUGGUGAGCACGCCGCAGGAUGUUGCGUUGAGAGAUGCUGUGAGGGGCGUCAGGAUGUUUGAGACUAUGGGAAUCCGAGUGCUCGGGAUGGUGAGGAAUAUGAGCGUAUUUGUGUGCCCGAAAUGUGGUGAAGAGACGAAGGUCUUUGCGCACCGGGGUGGCGGGGGAUUGCAGGAGAGGAUGGAGCAAAUGGGGGUGGAAGUACUGGGUGAGAUCCCAUUGGAUCCGCAGAUAUGCUAUGAUGCUGAUGCGGGUACACCAACCAUUGUGGCGGAAGAAGCAAGUGGGCAGAAGGUGAACAGUCGGUUCUACGAGGCGAUCGCACAGAAGGUGGCAGCGCAAGUGGGCUUGCCUUGGACUUGA